CACCCUUCCCUUCCUCCUUUCGGCCGGGUUGGUGUGUCUUCCUUCCGGCUUUGCCGAAGAAAGUUGAGGGAGGUUCAGCAGCAACUGGGCUUUUACAUAAUGGACAGCCAGGGAAGGAAAGUGGUGGUCUGCGACAAUGGGACCGGGUUUGUCAAGUGCGGCUAUGCAGGCUCCAACUUCCCAGAGCACAUCUUCCCUGCACUUGUUGGGAGACCCAUCAUUCGUUCUACAGCCAAAGUGGGAAACAUUGAGAUCAAGGACCUGAUGGUGGGGGAUGAGGCUAGUGAGCUGCGCUCCAUGCUCGAGGUCAAUUAUCCAAUGGAGAACGGCAUUGUCAGGAACUGGGAUGACAUGAAGCACUUGUGGGACUACACCUUUGGCCCAGAGAAGCUCAACAUCGACUCCCGCAACUGCAAGAUUCUGCUGACCGAGCCCCCCAUGAACCCCACUAAGAACCGUGAGAAAAUCAUCGAGGUGAUGUUUGAGACCUACCAGUUUGCAGGAGUCUACAUUGCUAUUCAGGCUGUGCUGACACUGUAUGCCCAAGGCCUUCUCACUGGUGUGGUGGUGGACUCAGGUGAUGGUGUCACGCACAUUUGUCCUGUGUAUGAGGGCUUCAGUCUGCCCCACCUGACAAGACGUCUGGACAUCGCAGGCAGGGACAUCACCCGCUACCUCAUCAAGUUGUUACUGUUGAGGGGUUAUGCCUUCAACCACUCUGCAGACUUUGAGACGGUGCGCAUGAUGAAGGAGAAGCUGUGCUAUGUAGGCUACAACAUCGAACAGGAGCAGAAGUUGGCGCUCGAGACCACCGUGCUGGUGGAAUCAUACACGCUGCCAGAUGGCCGUGUGAUCAAGGUGGGAGGAGAGCGGUUUGAGGCCCCUGAGGCUCUGUUCCAGCCCCACCUCAUCAACGUGGAGGGCGUUGGAGUGGCCGAGCUACUCUUCAACACCAUCCAAGCAGCUGACAUAGACACCAGGCCUGAGUUCUACAAACACAUCGUUCUCUCAGGCGGAUCUACCAUGUACCCCGGCCUGCCAUCUCGGCUGGAGAGGGAGCUCAAGCAGCUGUACCUGGAGCGUGUGCUCAAGGGAGAUGUGGACAAGCUUUCGAAAUUUAAGAUCCGGAUUGAGGAUCCUCCCAGGCGAAAGCACAUGGUGUUCCUGGGUGGAGCCGUGCUGGCCGACAUCAUGAAGGACAAGGACAACUUCUGGCUGACCCGGGAGGAGUACCAGGAGAAAGGAGUCCGUGUACUGGAAAAACUUGGAGUGACCGUCAGAUAAAGCACUGGACGGACAGAACACCCACACGACAUAAUAAUACACACACACACAUGAAUAUACACACAAACGCACACAUACACGACAUGCACACAUUUCCACCCCUUGCCCACAUCGCAGAGUAUAUAUCUAUUUAUCCCUGUUCCUCUCUGUUUCGGCCGUUGAUUCCCUUCAAACACCGCAGGGAAUCCAGCCAUCACCUUCCCGCUCUCUCCUCUCUCUCUCCACUCUGCCUCUCUGCCUCUCUCUCUUCUCUCCUGGUUUGGGAUUGGUUCACACUUUUCCUCGCAAGCCCCAAGAAACCAAUUCCAUCUUUGCAGAUUUCCACUGAUUCUUGCUGAGUGCUGGUGGGAGAAGGUUAAGAGCUGUCAAUGCAGCAUAUUUACCUGCAGAUUAGGCUUGUUGUGAAUUAACACUUGUCGGGUAAACCGACCAGCCUCAGCAGAAAGCUUAGUUUCCUCCCUUGUUAAACCUGUAGAGGAGAUAAAAUGAUGCAAAGUUUCUAAGCAACUCGUAAGCGUCUGUAACGUCACAAUCAGGGUCCACCACAAACAGCCACGGGCCGCUUUGAGCAUCUUUUCCGGGUGAGCGAGAACUGAUCACAUUUUUAUGUCGGUUUUUAUAAAUGAUAUCAUGACUUUUCUUUUCUGGGAGAGGGAUUACUUUGUUUUUGCUUUUUUCCCUUUUUUGUUGGAUGUAUGAGUUUGAUUUCCAUCUUUAAAUUUGACUCUUUUCUUUUUCAUUGACUUUUGUUGCUGUGCACUGCUACCAUUGUAAAUGGAGUGUAUUGUAGUAACAGAAGGUCCUCCAUGUGUUUUGUUUUCUUAUUUUAUGAAGAAUUAAUGGUUGAUUUAUAAAGGGACAAAUACACAAACUAAAAGCCCCUGAGCUUGACAUCGAGUGUGUGACGGUACUUUAGGGGUUCGUUGGUGGUGACACAGUGAUGGGGUGUGGGGAGGGUUAGUAUUUUUUUUUCCUCGUCAGACAGCUUGGCCUCUGCCUCCUCUCUGGUUAUAAAUCAGAAGUUGAAUGAAUGGGUGUGAGCAGUUAUAGCAAUAUUUCAAACUGUAUCGACGCUAUAGUACCUCACUCAUCGUGUUCCUCCAGAUCCACCAAAGCACGGAGGCAGUGGCAGGUUUUAGGAUGAGAUCUGUUUAAAUUUGGACACCUGGAGCAUCACAAAGCUGGGAAAUUAAAACAGUAUAUUAUACGGCUUAUUUAAGUUCUCCAGACUUUCAUUCCCAACGGUCGACUUAAUGAUUACUGGAGGCACUUCUAUUUUGAUUACGAUAAAUGUGUAUAUUUUUUUUCUCCUCUUUCCAUGAACGUCUAUCCAGUGCCAAGUGCAGUUAAUGUUAACUGGAUCUCAUGUUUUAAUGUCUUUCUUUUUGUCACAGUUUUUUGUUUUUACUUUCCUGUGUUGUUCAUAGCAUAACUGCCUAACGCUGAUUUAAAUAAAGAAAAGUGAUUUAUAAGGA